CACAAAUCACAUUCGUACGAUGGGGGCGCCAUUGCACCCAGUCCUUUCGAAGAGGAAGCGGCGUCUGUCGAUGGACAUGCAGCAGGAAGCAUUCGACAACCUGAAGGACCAUCCGCUAUACGAACGCAUCUCGCUCGUCAAGACGAAGCGCUUAAAGGAUCUCGGGUACAUGACCCAUCUCAUCUCGGACCUCCAACGACACCUGGUCCAGUUGAAGCGCCGGCAAACGUCGCAGUUGUCGUGGGAAGACGUCACCCAGGCGCUCAAGGACGACACCGUCGGCCGAGUGCGUGACAACCGCUCGCUCAAGCAGGAAGUCGAGCUCAACUCCCAAAUUUGCACGUACCUUCAGACGUGGCUUGCCCACGUCCACCCUGCCGCGAUGAGUGCGAAUUACGUGGAAGAGCACUGGCGGCACUCGGCGCUGUUCAAAGGGGACGAACAUGCAAGGCAUGUGGGACUCUCGUGGAUCACUCGUCAAGCGUACCACAACACGGACCGCGUCCUCUCCGCCAUCCAGUUCCCGUCCGCGACGUCCGCCGACUACGCCGACUUCGUGGACGUGCGCACGUCCAGCGUGAACGGCAUGCUCAUCCUCAUCCAGGUGGCGACCCAGCGGAUCCUUCCAUAUUCGCUGGAAGACGUGUCGGAAGCAUACUGGCAUGCCGAGAAGUCGUUUGGUGAGUACGUCCUUCGGCACGAAUUCGUCCAUCCGCGCUUGAUGGCGUCCAUCAACGGAGACAUCGACUACACGCGCGAAGAGGUGGGGAACCACAUCCAGCGCAUCUCGGACAAGGUGCUCAUGGGCCGGUUCUGCGACGACCACCGCGCCAUCUGCGUGCUUCGGUCUGUCAUGAACGACGAAAUGUACCCCCUCGAGGCCAACACGUGGACCACCGACACCCGGCAAUGGAUGCUCGCAGAGCGACUCGGACCCGCGCAGACUCGUGUCCGGCAGUACUACUCGAUCGACCAUCCCUGCACUGAACGAGGGUAUGUGCCGUUGUGGGAGUAUGCGCGCAUGUGCGGAGUCACCCACGCCAUCGACGACGCCGAUGUCCUGGAGAAGCUCCAGCUCAAUCGGCAGGCAAAGCAUCUUUGCAGCCGCGCGCAGUUCGCUCGCCACUUCGACGAUACCCUUCGAGCGACGGCGGACGUCACAAACGACCAUGUAUUUAAUUACACUUAGCUAAAUUAUCCACAGCCCAUAUUAUUUUAAAUUUGAAUUUCC